CCCUGCCCCCUCUCGCAUCCCUCAAGACACGCAGCCAUGCCCAAGGAUGUCGCACCCGAUGUCAUGCCCGAGCUCGCCUCGUCGCACCUCUUCUCCGUGCGCGGCAAGGUCGCCCUCGUCACCGGCGGCGCCAGCGGCCUCGGCAAGAUGAUGGCGGCAACGCUGGUGCGCAACGGCGCAAAGGUGUACAUCGCCUCGCGCAAGAUGGACGAGCUGGAGAAGCAGGCCAAGCUCAUGGCGCCGCUCUCGCCCUCGGGCGCCGUGUCCGGCCCCGCGUGCAUCCCCAUCCAGGCCAACGUCGACAGCAAGGCCGGCUGCGACGCCCUGGCGGCCGCCGUGGCCGAGAAGGAGAAGCGCCUCGACAUUCUCAUCAACAACUCGGGCCUCACGUGGGGCGCGCAGAUGACCGACUUUCCGGAGCAGAAGGGCUGGGACAAGGUGUUUGCGCUCAACGUCAAGAGCCAGUUCUACCUCACCGUCGCCCUGCUGCCGCUGCUGGAGGUGGGCAAGUCGAACAUUGAGCACGCCAGCGUCAUCAACAUCGCCUCGGUCGCUGCCAUCAUGCCCAUGGCCGAGGGCGGUCUGUCCGAGGAGGGCUCCGGCACUUGGUCCUACCAACCAAGCAAGGCCGCCUCGGUGCACCUCUCGCGCACCAUGGCCAACUCGCUCGCCGAGCGCCACGUGCUCGUCAACGCCAUCUGCCCGGGCGUGUUCCCGAGCCGCAUGACGAGCUUUGGCCUGACGGAGAACAAGGAGAUCCUCGAGGCCAUUCAGCCCACUGGUCGCGUCGGCACGCCCGAGGACAUCGGUGGCCUCGUGCUUAUGCUCACGAGCCGUGCUGGCUCGCACAUGACCGGACUGGCGAUCCCGAUCGAUGGCGGACAGUCGCUGCAGUACCAGGCGCGCCUCUGA